AUGAGCGGGUACGGGUCCCCGUACCUCUACAUGGGGGGCCCCGUGUCCCAGCCGCGCGCGCCGCUCCAGCGGACCCCCAAGUGCGCGCGGUGCCGGAACCACGGCGUGCUGUCCUGGCUCAAGGGCCACAAGCGGUACUGCCGGUUCAAGGACUGCACCUGCGAGAAGUGCAUCCUCAUCAUCGAGCGGCAGCGCGUCAUGGCGGCGCAGGUGGCGCUGCGGAGGCAGCAGGCCAACGAGAGCCUGGAGAGCCUGAUCCCGGAGAGCCUGCGCGCUCUGCCGGCCCUGGCCGGCCCGGGCUCCGGCGACGGCGACCAGGCGCCCCCGGGGCCCAGGACUUCCGAGGACCUGGACCACCUGAGGUGGACCGGCGAGCCGGCGGUGAAGGCCGGGAAGCGAACCUGUAUCGCCGAGCUGGCCGAGGACACUCCUGCUGAGACGUCGGGGGCAGAGAACGGGGGCAGCUCCAGCGAGAAGGAGCAGGACGCCGUCAGUUCCCCAGAGGAUUUGAAGCCCAACUCCUGCUACACCCCCGACUCCCCUGACAUGCCCUCCCACCCAAAGGAGAGCCGCUAUGGCCCGCUUAAGGUGUGCGACACUGACAGAGACGGUAAAGCCGACAGCCCACACAAAUAUCCCAUCAACCCCGGCGAGCAGAAUGUCCUGAUCGAGGGUCUGGGCGGCUCCAUUUCUCUACCCUUUCACCUCCGGGCCAACCGACCACCGCUUGAAGUUCUCAAGAAGAUCUUCCCUGCCCACAAGCCCGCCGUGCUGGAGCUGAUCCUCAGGGGCUGUGGGGGCGACCUGGUGGGGGCCAUCGAGGUGCUGAUGUCCAGCCGCAGCCCUGACGGCGUGGGCAGCGGUGGUGGAGGGGGAGGCACGCACCUCCCCUCCGACACCCAUGACGCCUUGGUGCUGCCUCCCAAUGGACACCUCUUUGAGCACACGCUGGGCCCCUACCACCCAGUGUCCUCCUCCGCCAAGUGGUCAGUGGGCUCGGCAUUCCGGGUGCCUGAGUCGCUCCGCUUCACGUCCGACUCGGCAGCGGCGGCGGCGGCGGCAGCAGCGGCGGCGGCGGCGGCCUCAGGGGUAGGGGUAGUGUCGGCCGGCCCGCUGGGCGUACCCUUGCAGCACCCAUCCUUCCCGCAGCCCAGCCGCUACCCCCUCAUGCUGCGCAACUCGCUCACGCGUGGCCAGGCCGGCCCCUUUGUGCACAACGACGUGACGCUGUGGAAUACCAUGACCCUCCAGCAGCAGUACCAGCUCCGCUCGGCGGCCCAGUACAUCUCCCCAUUCCCCUCGACCGCCACCCAUGCCGCUGCCAACACCCCGACGGGUUCCCUGUUCCGCAGCUCCCCCAUCCUCGCCUCCAGUAGGCCGCCGGAGGAUCAACGCAUUAGCAUCCAGGAAGAGGGCUGCGCUUUGGGCCCCAAGCCGAGCCUCUACUCCCCAGACGAGGAGUACGACGAACGCUCUGACUCAGCAGACUCUCGCAUAUUGAGCUCGUCCACCUAG